CCCCCACCCCCUUUAGCUCGGUGACAGAAGGUCUUCUGGGGCUACAGAAGCUAAGAAUUGUCUAAGCGCCACCAAGUGAGCUGAGCAUGACUUGAUUGAAUGCACCAAGAAGGCAAGGCCAUUUUUAAAUAUUUGCUGGACUUUCUGACCGAUCACUUUUCUCCUUCGUUUGCGUGUUGCUUCUUCAACUAUUUUCUUUUCUAUUCCCCAUCCAGUUGUCCUUUUUCCAUACGGACCAUGCAACGUACGAAGGUGGCAUGCUCAGCUAUGACUUGUAGCCGCGCUCUGACAGCCUAG